AUGGCCAGCAUCACUGGAGCCAUGGGGUGCAGGAGUUCUGUACCUGACAAGAGAUCAGAGAGAGUUAUCAGAGCUGCUAUUCUGAUCCAGAACUGGUAUCGGCUUACGGUGGCCCGGCUAGAGAUGAGGCGCCGCUAUUCUCUGAGUAUCUUUAAGUCAAUUGAAUAUGCUGAUGAGCAAGAUCAGCUACAGCUAUCCAAGUUUUUUACAUUCAUGCUGGAUCAAUGUGCUCAUCCUGAUUCAGUUUCUCACAUUUUUACCAGCCCUGGUGUUUCUCAGGUGGUGGAUGAAGGCUUGUAUUUAAAAGAAUUUGAAGAGAAUGUUGAUGUUCCAGACUCCUAUAAAGGACCACGCCUCUCAUUCCCUCUUAAGGUUGAAGAUGCCAGUGCCCUUCUUCAUGCUUUCAGGAAUGAACAGCUGCUUCAUGCCCGCUAUGUACUGCAGCUACUAUAUGAAACUAGGAAAGUUCUCAGGAAGAUGCCAAAUAUCACUCAUCUUUCAACUUCUUACUACAAGGACAUAACUGUCUGUGGAGAUUUGCAUGGAAACCUGGAUGAUCUUUUACUGAUAUUCUAUAAGAAUGGUCUGCCUUCAGAACAAAACCGUUAUGUCUUUAAUGGUGAUUUUGUUGACAGAGGGGAAAAUUCCAUGGAAAUACUUAUAAUCUUGUUCACAUUUCUUCUCAUCUACCCCAAUGAUUUACGCUUGAAUAGAGGAAACCAUGAAGACUACAUCAUGAACCUGAGAUACGGCUUCACAAAAGAAGUUUCAAAGAAGUACAAGGACCAUUGGAAACAGAUUGUGAAUCUUCUGCAAGACAUUUUUAGCUGGCUUCCCCUUGCCACUAUAAUUGAUAGCAAAGUUCUUGUCCUACAUGGAGGGAUUUCAGACACCACAGAUUUGGAUUUCCUGAAUGCGCUUGAGAGAAAUAAGCUGAAAUCUUUGAUGCGGCCGCCAAAGUCACCGAAAGACAUCCAGAAGAAAAUUGCUAGAAGCAGAUCCACUAAAGACAUUGCCAAACGGAAUGUUGAAGGGACAAAGCAACACAUCUCUUCAUCGGGUUCCACUGAAGCUCCAGAACCCACCCUAAAGGAAUGGAAACAAACCCUUGACAUUCUCUGGAGUGAUCCAAGAAGCCAAAAUGGCUGCAUACCAAACAAGUGUCGAGGAGGAGGUUGUUACUUUGGCCCUGAUGUCACUGGCAAGCUGUUUGAAAGGUAUAAUCUGAAGAUGCUCAUCAGAUCUCAUGAAUUUAAGCCAGAAGGUUAUGAGAUCUGUCAUGGUGGGAAGGUUAUCACUAUCUUUUCUGCUUCUAACUAUUACGAAGAAGGGAGCAACCGGGGAGCUUACAUCAAACUGAAUCCUGAGCUCAUUCCUCGGUUUGUGCAGUACCGAGUCAGCAAGUACACGCGCAGGAAGAAUCUUCGGGAGAGGGUGGGUACAAUUGAAUCAUCUGCCUUGAAGUCCUUAAGAGAGAAGAUUUAUGCUCACAAGGCUGAACUCACUAGUGCUUUUGCACAGUAUGACCCCCACAACACAGGCAGGAUUCCUGUCAAUGACUGGGCUGCAGCAAUGGAGUCUGUCCUACAGCUGGAACUGCCCUGGAGGAUACUGCAGCCUCAGUUAGCACAGAUGAACCCAGAUGGAGAAGUUGACUUCAUGUCAUGUUUUUAUGAUUUGAAAAUAGGUCAGCCUACAAAAGAGAUUCAGCCAGCUUUGAUGGAAACACUGUGCAGAUACAGAAAGGAUCUGGAGAUCAUCUUUAACGUCAUUGACAAAGAUCACUCAGGUCUGAUUUCUCUUGAGGAGUUCAGACAGACAUGGAAUCUCUUUGCUUCUCACCUGGGCAUUGAUGUAGAUGAUGAAUCCCUGGACAAGUUGAUCUUCAGCAUAGACUGCAACAAAGAUGGCCACAUUGACUUCAGUGAAUUUUUAGAGGCCUUUCACGUGGUUCAUCGAUUAGAGAAAAAGGCAAACUCCUGAAAAGGCAGAAGUUCUGGAAGGCUGUCCCGGCAGCUCACUCUCCUUCUGGCAUUACUCAUGAACAGGCUGGGAAAUCAGUUUCCACACUGACAAACAAUAAAUGGGCUGCUUGAUAUAGUAAGCACUACAGUCACCAUGUAAGCCUUUAUGUAGUCCCUUCUGGAUGAUACAUACCUGCUAGUAAUGAGACAGAAGAGAGGAAAACCUGCUUCUUACAGUAUUACUGUGUCACUGCCAUCAGUACUUUGCAAUUUAUCCUCCCCCUUGGUGGCAUUACCCCAUCUAUUUAUUCUGUGAACACUGCCAAGGUCACACCUCCAAGCCUGUGGGAAGAGAAACUUUGGUACAUUUCUUUCAGCAGCCCUGAGUGACAGCUGGGGAGUGACACUGAUGACCACAAGGAACAUAUCAGAGGUAACAGGGAUGGCAGGGGCCUGCUGUGGGCUAUCCAGUCCAGGAGAGGAGAACAGAGAAGAACCAUCUAGUUAAAAAUAGGUAGUUCUGCAUUUAGCCUUGCUCUUUGCACAAUGAUGUAAAACCCAACCAUUCCAGGUCACUACCUGUCCUCCUUGAAGUUUACAGAAAAGGGUCUUUGUUAAAAGGCAUUAAUGCUUGCACAAGAUUUCCACUUGCCACUGGUUACUUUUGCCUCCAUUUGUUGGGUUUUGGAGCUAAGAAAGAGGCACUGUCACCGUAAUGAAAGCUAAAUCCAUAGCAUGUUAAUGUAACACACAGAUCACAAAAUAAAUCUUAAGCU